CAAUUUCUGCGUGCAGCAGCCAAAGGCAAAACGCAACCCCUGAAAUUCAGACCGCGUCUAACGUUCAACUGAUAAAGGUAUCGAACGAUCCGAGCCGAGCACUUUGUGUAUUAUACGAUUAAAUAAAAUUAGUUUUGUUAACUAAACAAAUACUACGGCACCAUGUUGGACGUGAUCCAACCGAACAGCAACCUGCCGAGCAGCGAGAGCACCGAAGUAGUGGUGGUCAGGGCCAGGCCCAAAAAGGUGUUUAAGCCAAAGGCGCGUAUUAAUCGGAUUCCCCAGGAGCUCCUCGAUGAUCCACAGCUGCAGCAGGCCAUUGACCGCCUGCCCUCGAAUUACAACUUCGAGAUGCACAAGACCAUCUGGCGGAUACGGGAGAUGAAGGCCAAGCGAGUGGCUUUGCAGCUGCCGGAGGGUCUGCUGAUGUACGCCAUGGUCAUCAGCGACAUAGUGGAGCGUUUCACCAGUGCGGAUACCGUCAUAAUGGGUGAUGUAACCUACGGAGCUUGCUGUGUGGACGAUUACACAGCCAAGGCUCUGGGAGCGGAUCUGCUGGUCCACUACGGCCACAGCUGCCUCAUUCCCGUCGAUCAGACCUGCGGCAUCAAGGUGCUAUACAUAUUUGUGGACAUCAAAAUCGACCCGCUGCACUUUCUGGACUCUGUAAAGCUGAACUUCCGCCCGGAGGUGGGCCAGAUUGCUUUGGUCAGCACAAUACAGUUUGUGACCACGCUGCAGGCUGCUUCCACAGAGCUGAAGGCAGCCGGCUAUGAUGUGAUAGUGCCUCAGGCCAAGCCCCUAAGUCCCGGAGAGAUUCUCGGCUGCACGUCGCCGCAGCUGCCAGAGACUGCAAAGAUGAUUAUUUACCUGGGCGAUGGGCGUUUCCACCUGGAAUCCGCCAUGAUUGCCAACCCUUUGCUGAAGGCCUACAAGUACGAUCCGUAUGAGAAGAAGUUUACCAUAGAGCAGUACGACCACACGGCUAUGCAGAAUAUUCGCUUGGAUGCCGUACAGCGCUCGAAGAAGGCUCGUCGCAUCGGCAUCAUUCUGGGAACACUCGGCAGACAGGGCAGUUCCAGGGUGCAUCGAUUCUUGGAGAAAAGACUGCAUGCCAAAGGCAUCGAGACUACCACAUUGCUGCUAUCGGAGAUCUUCCCGCAGAAAUUGGCACUUUUUGAGGACAUCGACGCCUUCGUACAGAUUGCAUGCCCGCGACUUUCGAUCGACUGGGGAUCUGCCUUCACAAAACCGCUGUUAAAUCCUUAUGAGCUAUCCGUGGUUUUGGGCGAUGUUGAGUGGACGCCACACAACACGUCGCCACGCAACAACGCGUAUCCGAUGGACUUCUACGCCAGUGGCAGCCUGGGACCCUGGACUCCCAACUUUAAGCCACCAGCGUUGGGAGAGUGCGAAAACAAACCCUCGGCCGACUGCUGUGGGCGCUGUACGCGUGCGGAACUGGAGAAAGACGACUCCGGCAAGGCGGCGGCGUUGGACGACCUCCUUGACUUUAAGAAAGGAUAAGGGUUCUAUCUGUGACAAUUCCAACUGCCCACAGAGCCUGUAUCUCAAGCGACUAGCGACGGUCGUCUGCCCAAAUAUAUAUAAUUUAGUUAGUACAAAUUUGCUUUUUAAGUUUUUACUUUUAGUUCAUCUCUUGUGUUCAUCACAGAUAGGCUUGUAUUUUCCAUGUUCGCUAUGUCGUUCUUUAUUUAAGUUAUAGCUAUAUUUUUGACAGAGAUGCAAUUGUUAUAGUAACAGCAACAAUGUACACCACUUUUAACAUUAAAAUAAUGUUUAAAACAGA